GACGUGUGCGAGUAAGAACGUAGGAAGGAACGAGAGCCCGGCGUGUCGCUCGCGCUUGCAUUGCUUUUCGAAGCUCGCGCGCGAUCGGUCGCUCGCGACGUGCACGCGUACCUGUGCGUGGGUGCAGCUCGCGAAACGACACACGUGAGAGACAGAUAGAUAGAUAGAGAGGGAGAGAGGAAGAGGAGGAGAGAAAAUCCCCCGGUUCCUUAUCGGUGAUCUCGUGAUCGAUGUUAUCUCGCGACGGGGAGAUCCUUCUUCGUGCGCGCGAGAAAGUGACCGGCUUCCCCAGAUCGAUUCUCCGUGGAAAAGCGGGAGUGCAGUUUUCGCGUGUCGAUCGAGCCCAUGACUCGGAUCGGGUAUUAUUAUGCUCGUUGAGCUGUGAGAUCUCGAACGGUGAAGAGACAGCAGGGAAAGGCGGAAGAGGCUACGCGGAAAGUCCAACAGCGGAAGGAUCAAGAAAGGGUCACGGGAGAAAGAUGAGGCGGUUACUUCUAUGGACGCAUUUCCUGCUGCUAACCGUGCUGUUAGCACCAGUGCAGAGGGUCGCAGCGUGCAGCUGCGCACCGGCCCAUCCUCAGACCAAGUUCUGUGAUUCAGAUUUCGUUGCCGUGGUGAGGGUGAAGAAGGUUCUCACCAUGAGCGAGUAUGAGAUCGCUUACAAGGUCAAGAUAAACAGGGUCUUCAAGUCGAACCCAAAGGCCGACACGGCUCUGAUGCAGAACCUUUUAUGGACUCCGUCCGAGGACUCGAUGUGCGGCGUAAUACUGAAAGUCGGCGAGACUUAUGUCCUCAACGGGAGGAUCGUCAACGGGAGAGCGCUCAUCUCGUUCUGCGGAUUAACGAUAAGGUGGGCCGACACGACCAGUAGGCAACGCAAAGGACUGAGACAACUUUAUCAGCAGGGUUGUGUGUGCGAUAUUCUGUAUACACACUGGAGACGCAAGGGCGCCGUGCUGGAGUCCAGCGGUGGCAAGCGUUGCCUCUGGGAGAGCACACCAGGCCCGCAGGAUUGCCAAGAAAAAUACGGCGUGUGCAUGGUGGCGCCGAGCGGUUGUUCCUGGGUUCCCUCGGUCCCGUACAAAAAUUGUAUCAAGGAGCACCAGCGUUUGCGCGAGCAGCAGAGAGCGCGGGAACCUUAACUCCGCUGACAUUUUCGUGUCGGACUCGGUGUUCUUCGGCGGUGAGAGAGGGAAAGGGAGAAACGACCGGCUCCGCCGGUCGCAAAACGACGCGCGGCCUGCCUGUCAAUCGGCCUGAUCGAGCGCGUCGGCGAUAAUUGAGUCACUGAGGGGCGGAGUGGUGUACGGUGACAGUUUAAUGGAACGAACUAUUCGCAGAGCCGAAAACGACGGAGUUCUGAGCUCUCCGCUUUCAUCGCGAACAGCACAAUAGCUUGUUAAUAGGUCAUCGCGCGCACGUAUAAGGCGACGUGAUUCUUCGUUUCUUUUUUAUGCGUUUCUGAAAAGUAACAUUCAUCGUCGGGAUUAUAAAAAUAUUUCACCGAUUGGUAAAUCACCUUCGUGUUGCUCGCAACAGCGCCCUUUCGAGUGACACGACAUUUAUCUUCGAGCGGAAAUGUUGGGUUUCUGGAUCUUCGAAACCGGCGAACUCUGACCCGAUAAUAGUGACACUUCGUGACACUCCCAUUCUGAGGGACGCGAUUAUGUACGUCGAUCGAUGACGUCAGGGUAUCAACCUUCGUGCUAAUUUGUACGUAGACCUCGAGAAGCGAGCAGAAAGGAUGCUCGCCUCGAGGAAUCGGUGUAGUAUUGUAAUUGUUAAGGUAUGGAAUCAUCUAUCACGUGUUAAAUUAUUCGUAGCUCGAGUUCGGUGGCGACAACGUCGGCUAAUUUUUACUCCCGCAUUUUCAUCGACCGACGCUGGAAAAAGGAUUCGGUAGUAAGUAUUAAAAUUUGCUGGAUAUUUGCCGAAUCAGUACUUGAUUACCGCAACCGAAUAAUUUAGUUUCGCAUACUAAAUAUAAAAUGUACGAAACUGCAAUACUGUGUACACAUAACUAAAUUAUUUGAUUGCAAUAAUCAAAUAAUUAGUCGGCGAAUAUUGGUCAAAUUUUCAUAUUUAUUACCAAAUCUUUCUUUCAGUGUAGCGACCGGCUAUUACGUAGGUUCUAUGAUGUAUAAAGAAAGAUGACUUAGUUAAUUACGAUUAAGCUCUAACCGACGUUGUUGAAACCGAUCCUUAACCAUACAAUUAUUAUUAAUGAGGAGUAAGUUUGUAGCGCCAAGCAUUUCGAAACGCGCCGAGAUACCCGAUACGCCUUUCAUCGCUGAAACGUAUACGGGCGUCCUAUUUUCUCACGGCUAUUCUCUCGAUGAGUUGUAUAUAUUAUAUAUUAUACUAUAUAUUAUAUUGUCAGUGUAAAUUGUGCAUCCUUAAAUUAUUCCAACUGUCGUUUCGUUGUACGUAGCCUUAGACGUCGUUGAGACGUACUUUAUACUCCGUAAAGUUUUAUGUGCGUUCUUAGGUGUAAAUUAGAUUGUACCUCUUUACGCAUGCUCGUUAAUUACGCAAAUUAUUGUUCGCAAUCCGUGCAUCCCGUCUAACUAAACGAGAAGCCUCACGCAAUUCGGGCUCGCGAUUCUACAAACGAAGCGGCGGUUUCCUCUACGAGAUUUCGAUGCCGCGCGAUAAAGUGCAUCGUUCGACCGCGCUUUGAUCAUUAUUGCGUCCGUUAACGGUUUCUCGUGGAACCAGCGAUGUCUAAGUGAAUCGGAAUUCAGUGGAAGAUACGAAAAUUGUUACCGUAACGGGAGAUUUGUUUGCAUUUCCGAUCGGGAGAGGAGGAAUUUUGUACCUAUGCGUUAGUUUAGUUCUUUACACGCGGUAAUUUCGUAAAACGUUACGCACACACGAUAUGUAGAACAGAAAUAAACGAAAAUGGCGGUCUUCUCGUAUGCA